CGAAAAAAGUACUGAUCUUUCCUUCAAAACUUUGCUCUAGGAUCUGAAUUCGGUAUUCAGCGGAGCGCUCCCACCGCAAGGCAGCAAGGCAGCAUAAUGUCGCGUCAACCGCCCGGAGACAACACGCCCUCACGCGACGUGGUGCUUCCCCAUCCGGCAGAAGACCUCUCGGCGGACGAUGACCUUCUAUCCUGGGUUCUGGUGGACCAGCUAGGAUCUAUGCCCAAUACAAAGCUCGGUGUACAUCCCCAGCAGGUCAAAUUCGUUGGACCUGCCUUCAAGACCGACGAAGUCUUGAAUAUAGUUCGGGAGACUGUCACAAAGGGAAACAUACAAGCAGCUAUGCAGAGGCUACAAGAGUUUCAUCUUUUUCGGCAACAUCUUGAUACCAAAAUUACAGCCGGCCAAAAGGAACGCUUCAUAAAACAUCUCCGGCGAUAUUUGCUGGUACUUCAGCCCGCGUCGCGACUCGAAAUACACCUCACAUCCCGAUACACCUUCAUCACUGGGCACACCGAACUUGCCGUUUUUGCGACUAGACCCUUAAUACCGGGCACUGUCAUGCAAGAGCUACAAGGCAGUGUUGUACCGCUCCCUAAUGAAUGGAGAGAAGAGAUGGACAUUGGAGAUGACUACGCGGUGGAGGCCGCGGGGGAAGAGUCUGAUUCUGAAGAUGAAAACGCAAUGGAGGAAGAGGACGAUGGAAGAGAUACCGAAUCUGCGGCAGAAGGCUCGUCACGACGGCGGAGAGCGAGAGAGGAGAGGAAGCAACAGGGUCAGAGGAGGAGUGAUCGGACGAAGAGGAGAGAUUUCAGCAUUGUCUGGUCGGGGUUGAAGCGGUGCUAUCAGCUGUUCUUGGGCCCGGCCAGAUUUCUGAAUCAUGACUGCAACCCCAAUGUUGAGCUGCUCAGACAAGGAAACUACGUGACCUUUCGAGUGACAAAGCCCAUCAAGAUUGGUGAUGAAUUAACAACGUUCUAUGGAGAAAACUAUUUCGGCAAGAACAAUAAUGAAUGCCUUUGUCUCACAUGCGAGCAGCAAGAGAAAGGUGGCUUCGCGCCGAAACCUCCUCCAACAUCUCGAGCUUCGUCUCGGCGCGGCACCCGGGGUCUUUCGACAACGUCCGACAGUCAAUACCGGUCUCGCCGCGGCUCGACUCGCGACUCGACGUUUGCUCGCGAACCCAGCUCUCUAAGAAAUGAGGUCACUGUGAAAGCAGAGCCCAUGUCUGAUAAUGAAGAAGAAGAAGAGAUAGACUUUGGCCCUUCCAUGACCCUGUUGGCGCAGUCCGGAAGCGGAACGGGAACGGAAGAAGGUUCUUUGUCUGCUGUGGCAGAGGUUUCUAAUGCUGUCACUCCCUUCGAAGAAGGUGAGGAUUGGGGAAACGCCAAAAGGGAAUCAAGUGUGGCCACAGAAGACGAGGAGAACGAACCCCCUCGUCGAGAGCGCUACGCUCGAAAAGCCACUCAGGCAUUGAAACCUUGGCUCCAGCCAAAGCAUAAAGGAAAGUACGUCGAACAGGAGGUCCAAUAUGUCGGCAACGACGAGGAUGUUCCCUGUGAUUUCCCUCGAUGUGCCACAUGUGCCAAGCCCUUGACGGAUCAAAUCUGGUAUAAUGGCCGAUAUUUUGACCACUGUCAGAGGUGCGUUCGACAUGCACUUGUCUUUGAUCUCCCGUGGCCGGCCCAUCGUUCUCAGGAUAUUCAAGAAUAUCCCCCCGCCCAUCUCGUCCCUCCUGGAUACAUUCCUCGCAAAAUCUCCACAGUCCCACUUCCUUCUCUCAGUAAGGCCCCGCGCAUCAAACCUGUCAAAUUCAUCGUCACGGAAGAACAAGAUGGCUAUCACGAUGGCUUCUACGAUCGUCGCGCCCGCCGUUUGCGCGACGAAAUCGACGCCGAAACCUUUGUCAUCGAGUCUCUGCGUGAAGCUGCCUGGUCUGCCCAGGAAGCUAGAGAAGCGGCUCAAGAGGCUAAGGAGGAGGAGAAAAAGCGAAGACUGGAGGAGAAGCGCAAGCUGGAUGCUACGCGGGUCAAGGGAUCUGGUGUAUGGUCCCGAUACGAGUACGUUGACGAGCAAGCGAUACGGAAAAAGGAAGAGGAGAGGUGGAAGGUCCAGCCGGGUCUCACCAGACGAGGAACCGUCCGAAAUGUCCCCCAACCGGACAAGGACGAUGAAGGGGAGGAUCAAAGGCAACCAAUCACGGUCAAGCAGGAAGUGCAGUCGGAGGACGAAGAUUCCGGAACCAAGACCGAGUCUGAAGAGGAUCGCAAUCGACGAGCCGCCAAUAAGGCAGCAGGUUUGGCGAAGAGACGAGAAACCAUGAGGCUCGCGAAAGAAAAGAAGCAGGCUCAAGAUGAAGCGAGAAGGAUCCGCGCAGCAGAGCAGAAGCAAAAGAGAGCCGAGAAACUGCGUGAAGAAAGGGAGGAGAAGGAGAAGCGAAAGACGGAGGGGGCGAGUAGCGGCGAGGAAGAAGAAGAGGAUCGCCAAGUCUUCAAGCGAGUAACGCGGAGCGGCGGCAAGCAUAAUCCCAUCGUUAUUGAUGGUGAGGAUAAUAUCCAGCCUGCUGUACGACGAUCCCCUCGCACUGUCGAGAAACGACCACGUGCUUGGGGUACACAAGGAGCGCCCAUUGUAAUUGACGAUGACGACCUGGAGGACGAGAUUCGGGUGGCCGCCGUUGCCGGCCAUGGCCGUGCCCAAAUGGCAAGGAAGUCCGGGCCCUCGUCUAAGCCAGCACGUAGUCAAUCAGGAGCUGGUGCUGGACCGCAACAAUCUCGCGCAUCGACUUCCGCCCAAAGGUCAAGGUCUACGCCCAAGCAAACCCCCAGGUCAGGUUCUACUGGGGUCAGAUCUAGUGGUAGAAAAACAAAGCCUACCCCGAAAAUGCUGGAACAACCUGUUUCCGGAAGCCGGUCGAGGAGAACGACUGCAGAUGUCGCUACGGACGCAUUUUCUGGGAGUCCUCAGAGCCGGACGCCACGGCUUGUAUUGAAGAUUGCUGCUGCCAGAUCUGUACAAUUGAAUGGGGCGGCAGUCAAUGGCGCAUCGUCACCCGGUCCUUCGUCGACAGCUGCCCGCCCCACAGCAACCCCCAUCGCAUCUUCCAGCAACACGUCUAUCCAGAGCGAGUCGCUGAGAAAAAGGGGAAGACCUCCAGGGACUGGCAAGUGGCAGAUCGCUGCUGCUGCUGCUCUCGCGCGUUCUGCGAAGGACAAGGCAGCCAACACUCCCGAACAAGGUGAUGGUCCCGGUCCGUCAAUCGUAAAUGACAUGGAGAGGCAAAAGGAGAUCCUGCUGCAAGCAGCUGUCGCUAGUACUCCCGAGGAGUCAACGUUUGGGACGGGCAACUUCGACAGCAAGAGCCCGGAGAAGCUCAGGGCAAACGAGGCGAUAAGAAGUCCGCUGAAUGGCAAAGAGACCAAUGGCGUGGGCGGCGGAUCAACUCAUACAUACAAAGGCAAAGGAAAGGCUGCACACCCCAUUGAGUAUCCUGACUACAGCGCUUCCGCCUCCAAGGUGCUCAAGAAGGUUGUGCCCCCUGCUUCGUUCUUUGCCACCGCCGCUCAGCAUGCCCAAUCUCCAAAGGUUCACCCACCUCCCUGGUCGUACACCGCCGCUCAGCAUGCCCCAUCUCCAAAGGUUCACCCACCUCCCUGGUCGUACCCUUCUCAGCCACCUGCCAUUCCCAAGCUGGCCGAUACUACGUUGAACGGGUCAUCCAGCUAUAAGAAAAACCUGAGCACCUCUGCCCAUUGGAGAGGCGAAGUAGCUACAACAAGCGCUUCGUAUAAACCUGGAUCGUUCUCUACCAAUGGAGACCACCGACAGUCGACAACAAAGAGGUUAAUCCCCAGCGAGGAUAUGGUGGCCAGGAGCGCGCGAGAGGAUGUCAAGGGCAAGAAACGAGCCCGACCAGAUCCCGAGUCUCCAUUCCCAUCACCCUCUCAACCUCUGUCGAAGAAGACGCGAACCGACGUUCUGCAUUGAUACGUCUGCAGCGUCUUGAUCCAACAUAGUGAUAUCUUAGUCGAAUAGUCUUACAUUUUACGGGUUGUAUGUUCUUGGAUAUUGCAUUAGUGUCGGUACUGUCUGUAUCCACAUGCAUGUGUUUCUGCU